GCUUCUGUUGUAAAGCUGCAGAUGCGUAAGGGUCCUACUAGCGUAUGUCGUUUUAGCUUAAUUCUGUCUUCCCGCAGGGUUUGAAAAAAAAAAAAAGAGUGGACUUCGAGGAAUCAGAGGAGUAUUAUUAUUCGGGCAGCCGAAUCUAUAAGCAACUGUACAAUCAUCAUGAAAUAAGUACACACGGUUUUAUUAUUACUUGGAAGCGAAGCACAAUGAAUAUUUAGUUAAACGGAACAUCAUCCCCGAAAAUUCCUUCUUUCUUGUGUGUGUCACCUAUUCCAAGUUAAACUGAAUCUGCCGCAGUAAAAAGUGGUACAUUGCAACGGCUGGCCGCAGUAUCUACGCCUGCUUGUCUCGGGGCAGUUUGCUGCAGAGAAGAGGAAAACGAAGCAGCACUGGCAGUAAGCCGCCGAGGGCAGAUCCGAACAGUGGCUGCAUAGUACUACACCUGGGUCACGGCACUUUGGGGAGUAUCGCUGGGUUUCUGCUGAAGAAUUUGUCGAAAGCCUUUUAUGCUCCCUUUAUUGAGACUGGUUCACCGCCAGACCUGAGAGUAAAUCCGGUGUAGAGCCUUACAGUGUGAAGAAGAAGGCGCAGGCAUGGUGCAGCAGACAAACAACGUCGAGACAACUGAAGCGAUGCUCGUUGCAGAGUCCUCCGAUUCGGGGAUCUCGGAGCUGGGCAUCGCCUCUUCCCCGAGCCCUAGCUCCGCUGCCUCUACCGGGGUCAAAGAGGAAGACCCUAGCUGGUGCAAAACCCCUAGUGGGCAUAUCAAGAGGCCGAUGAAUGCUUUCAUGGUUUGGUCUCAAAUAGAGAGACGAAAGAUAAUGGAACAAUCCCCAGAUAUGCACAAUGCGGAGAUCUCCAAGAGACUAGGAAAGCGUUGGAAGCUACUUAAGGACAGCGACAAGAUCCCAUUUAUCCGAGAAGCAGAGCGCCUCAGACUAAAGCACAUGGCAGACUAUCCAGAUUAUAAGUACCGGCCAAAGAAGAAGGUUAAGUCUGGCAACUGCAAACCUGGUGAAAAGGGAGAGAAGGUGAGCAGCAGUGGCAAUCCAAGCAAUAUUAACACUAAUACUGUUAAAUCUUCCCUAAAGAAAACAAGUAGCACUAAGUCGUCUACCAAACUGCACAAUAAAAUAAUCAUGGGCACCAAAUCUCCCUUUGCAGACCAGCUCUCCCAGUCAUGCACUACUGAUCAUCAUUCCUUAUACAAGUCCCGGAGACCAGUUACCCCCAAGCAGAACACAGAGAAAAAAUUUAAGACUGUUUUAAUAUUUGGGAACACUCACGGGAUUGUUUCGUCUCAGGUGGCGGUACCAGCCAGUCCAACCCUCAGCAGCUCCACAGAUGCAAGUGACCCUCUGAGUCUGUAUGAUGACGGGUCUGGGGGCCAUCAAGAGGGGACAAACUCUUCCUCGGAUCACCACCGGUACACGAGUCUAAGAUCAUCAUCUCCUAGCCCUUCAAGUUCCCACUCUUCAGCUUCCUCUCAUUCUUCCUCUUCUUCAGAUGAAGAGUUAGACGAUGACUUGCUGGACUUGAACCCGAGUCCGGGCUUUGAUAAUAUGUCCCUGGGCAGCUUCAGUUCCUCUGUCCUGGACCGCGAUUUGGAUUUUAAUUUUGAGCCGGGAGCUGGGUCACACUUCGAAUUUCCGGACUACUGUACCCCUGAGGUAAGUGAAAUGAUAUCGGGGGACUGGUUGGAGUCUAGUAUUUCAAAUCUCGUAUUCACUUACUGAAGGGAGGUCAGCAAAAAUGUGACUUGUCAUUUUUGUGAUUAAAAGGGAUCACCUCCAGAAAGCAAAAUAAUAAACGGGACCAAAGUGAGAGAGACUGUUACGAGUCGAGCGCUUAAACAGUUUUUUCACUCCCUUAAAGAUUGUGCAGUACUAUGAAUGAACUGUAGUGCUUGGUUUUAAGGGAUCUUCACAUUAGGACUGAAAAGUUCGGUGAAAAUCUGGUCAAUGUGUGAUCGACAUUUUCCAGGAAGGGAGAGCAAGAGAGCUUCUUUUGAUAAAAGAGCGGCUCAGAGCCUAUUGGGGGAAGGGGAAAAACGGCUCUCUGUCUGAACUGGAAACGUAAUGGAAGGCUGAACUGGGAUUUGCACGCCAGAAGAAGGCGGUCUUCUGUCAGCUUGGAAGAGAUGGAAAUGAACUCAGAGACUGAACUUUUUGUAGCCGGUUUCAAGGCAAGACAGUGGUGCAAGGAAGGCGGUAAUCUUUGUUCAGAAAGAUUUUGUUUAAAAAAAGUGUUUCCUUAAAUCACAUUCGUGAUGGUGUUGGAUUAUAGUUCACUGGUGGGUUUAUAUAGCAUGUUAUCCUGUCUAUCUCUUAAAAAAAAGAUUUCUGUGAGACCGUUGAACAAUUUAAACUAGUGUUAGGGUAAUUUAAAACCAGAUAGAUGGCGCUAUGUUUGAUUCCUGCAAAACACAAAUCACCAGCUCUUAAAAAAUCUUAAAGGAUUCAAACGCAACUCAAAUCUGUGCUGGACUUAAACAAUAAUUCAGGACCAAAUUUUCUCAGAGUAUAUGUUGUUCUUAGGUGUAAAUGAAAAUGACUGUUCUUUUCCCUUCACCGAUGUUCCAUCCUCGUAUGUUUUUUUUCUCUUGUACAUGUAAUCAGAUGCCAUUUUAUAUAUAAUGUAUUUAUACUGGCCAAACAUUAUUUUUUGUUUGUGUUUUUUUUUUUUUUUGGUUAAUUUUGUUUGGUAGGUCUUAUGUGUACCCACGCCGUUAUUCUCCUUCAUUGAAGGGCUAGAGUUCAACUUUUAAUUUUUUAUAUUUAAAUGUAGACUUUUUGACACUUUUAAAAACAAAAGAGAGAUGAAAACGUUUGAUUAUUUUCUCAGUGUAUUUUUGUAAAAAAUAUAUAAAGGGGGUGUUAAUCGGUGUUAAAAUCGCUGUUUUUGGAUUUCCUGAUUAUAAGAACAAGGAGGCUGGUGAAUAACAUAGAAUCGGCCCCCUUUCCAUGUUUACACACACUUCAAUCUGCAGGCCGUCUAGCUUAAAGAGACAGUACUCCCUUCCACAUUUUAUACAUGUACAUCCACAAUCACAGCUAGUCCUAGCACGGAGCUGUGGGACCUGUCUUUUUGGCAUAUCACAGAAAGUUGUAUUUUGCGAUCCUCACUCCCGAGAUUUACUGUAUUAUACCAAGCUGAAGGGAUACUGUAGCUUUAAAUCCACCAUAAUGUUGCACUUUUUAUAUGCCUAUAGUGAGCAACGUGCCGUUUAACCACUGGAUCUAUCUAAAUGCCGAUUUGAGUUCGCGACACUAUGUACUACGUUUUUUUCAUUCUUGUAUUUGACUAUUUAAUCUUUUCUACUUGUCGCUAAAUAAUAAUUGUUUUAGUCUCUUAUGGCAUGAGAUAGCAUAUGUAUUCAGGUUUAUAGCUGUUGUGUUUAAAGAUGAAAAAGAAAAAGUGAAAACAUCUUUGUACAUUUAAGUCUGUAUUAUACUGAGCAAAAACGACUGUGUGUUUUAUGUAUGUUGUUAAAGAUAUAACUUGACAGGCACUAGGACAACUGCCGUUAGGAAGGAAAAGAAAAAAAAAUGCCUCAUUAGGUGGUUGUUCCGUUUGACUUGUGUUACUUUAAUUUGGUAAUCCAUCCUGUGCAAUAUGCUGUGUAGAAGAUUGUUUUGUUAACCAUGCCACACCAACAGAUUUUGAAGAAAAAUGCCAGCUACUCAUAUCACAUCACUGCCUGUCAGAUUGUCGAUAUACUUUCUGUAAAUAAUUUUUUAGAAGGAAAUAAAAUCAGCUGGAACUGAACCCUAA